GUUUCCGUAAACAGAUCCGAAUGCCACUGCCAGCCUAACUAUCACCUUUGCUGAGAUUUCUGAUGUUCCUCCGCAGUUUGAACGAUCUACUUUUUGUCUCUGCCUGGUGGCGGAUGGAUCCGUUAUCCAACCUGAGCAACGAAACGUAAAACAUAAUAACAUCGUAAAACUCCAGCAUUGCAACGAUGUUGUCGCUUCAAAGAUUAUUUCGGUCCAGGUUUUAAUAAAUGUAAUGGAAAGCAGUAAACAGAAUGCAGAGAAAGACAGGCCUCCGCAGCACUGGAAAAGUUGCAAGCUGAUGAUUGAUCCCGCACUUACUAAAGGAUUAUACAAGGUGUACCGCUUUGACGGACAGUUUUUCAACAUUCCCGUGGAGGAUAUAGGAUUAUUUCCCAUCAGCACCGUCAAAGAUCCCCGCGUGUGCCGCUUGUGGAGCAAAAACAUUAAGCCUGACCUUUCGGUUGCGAAGUUUAAGAUUGAUGAAUGGUACGUUGGAGCAGUUCCUCCCAGGGAAGUAACUCUUUCCAGACUUAAUGACAACGUGAAUGCGACGUUUUUGCGUCAUAUUUGCGAGAAAUAUGGGAAUGUGGAAGACGUGGAAAUAUUUUACCAUCCAAAUACCAAGAAACAUUUAGGGGUUGCAAGAGUGGAGUUUGACACAGUGAAGGCAGCAAAAGAGGCCGUGAAGCACCUUCAUCAAACGUCUGUGAUGGGAAAUAUUAUUCAUGUGGAGAUUGAUCCUAAAGGUGAAAAUAGAUCAGGAUAUCUUCAGCUUCUUCUUAGCGGCUUGUACGCUCCCAGGACAUUACCGGUGAAUAGCAGUGAACAGGCUCUGCAAAGCUUAGUCAAACGCUUGUUGGACAGCACAUCUGCUCAGCAACAGGGGGCGUUCUCCAGUCCAGCCAGCAUCGCAACACCCCUCUCUCUGGAUACAGCAUACUUCAGUAUUUGUCAGGACACACCUUGUAGCUUUGGGUACACACCACAAUCUCAGGGAACCCCUCGCACUCCCUGCUUGACAGCGACUCCUUUAUCCCAGGAUUCCUGCUACUCUAGUCUUCAAGCGACUCCGGUCCUCCAGGGGGAGCCUUCCACUUACAGUGUUCACAAAGUUUUGAGACAUGAGCUUUCCCUUCGUAAACCUGUGAGGAACCACAAAAGGUCCAGACAGGGUUUACAUUUUACCUCGAAACUUUGGCAGCCACAUCCUCCAGACUCACUGUUGACAGAAAAACAAAGAAACGUCCACCAGCCUGGACCCUGGAGUAGGACUACACAAUUGUCCACCCAUGAAGAGUCUUCCUAUACUGUUGCUUCCCCAUUACAGGGGUCUGGAGGCACGCCUGACUCUUUCAGCAUCCUAACCAUUAAUGUGUCAGCUGAGCAGCAAAAUCUCCAACCACAAGCAGAGAGUUUGGACUCUCGUAUUGAAAGUUUGUUGACUAAUAGUGAGAUCCCAUCUGGCUUUCAUAUAAAGACUUUAGAACCCUCUGAAAAUUCCCGGGACAGCCCAGCUUCAUCUUGUUCCGCUCCUACAGAGGCUUUUUCAGCCUAUGAACUUUUUGCCCUUUCCCCCCAUGGACCUUUCAGAAGCAGCCCACAGCAUUCCUGCAAGGAUUUGGUGGAUGUCAGUCCAACAUCACUUAGUGAAAGUGAUAAUGAGCAGUUUUUACUUGAAGAAACCUCCCAACGUCCAUCUGAAAUGACUCCUUGUCAGAGAAGUGCUUACAGAGAUGGUGACAAAGCUGUAGAAACAUCUCACUUGUUAUGCUCAAAGAAGCAUCUUACUGCAAACCAGGAUAGGAGGCAUCCAAAUAAAGAACAGCCUGAAGCUGCAGCAGAGACCUCCAGUUCUUCCUUAAGUGGCUCGACUCCCAACAUCAUCCCUGAAGGUCCUUCUCUGGUCAGAUCUUCAGGUCCUCCCCAAACUCCUUUCUUUAAUCCCCUGCUUCCACCUCCAUCUUCUCUUCCACCAAUUCCACCUCGCCUUCCAGACGGCACAAUUCCCAUCCCACCACCAAACUGGAUUCCUUUUCAGGGUGUCUCAAUUCCACCACCUCCCUCUAUCCCUCCCCCACCAGCUUUUCUUCUGCCUCCUCCACCUGUAAUGCUGCCACCUCCCAUACCGCCCCCUGUACACAUGGGCCAUUUACCCACACAACCUGCAGCCUCGUCAGAUCAGGGGAGUCUUAAAACCCUCAGGAGUGCGCCUUUCUCGCUCAUUCGCCCACCGUGGCCCGCUCCACCCUUUCCCAGGAUGAAUCCUUUUGUGCCACCACCCAGUUAUCUUCCUGCUCAUGAAAAUCCUCAUAAAGUCAUAGUUGAAAAAGUUUUGGACGCCCUCAUGGAUGAGCUGAGAUCGAUCAUUAGGAAGGACAUUGCACGUAGAAUGAUUGAAGGAGUUGCUUUCAAGGCUUUUGAGGACUGGUGGAAAAGUCAGGAGGAGAAAUUAAAGAUUCAAGUUCAUCCUAUUCAAAAGGGAACAUGCUUGAAAAACAGAAACAAUCCUCUGAAUCGCAUUACCGAUCGGGGCAAAAAAACACCACUACCAUCCUUUAAGGUAAAAAGGAAACGAUCAGAGGAGAGACAACAUUUUUCUGAAACUUCGAAUUCCAAUGUGGAACCGAAUGAUCAAGUAGGAUCAGCAUCUCCGAAAGCCAAGCGCAGACACGCAAGACCUCUGGACCUUGAUAGCAGUGAUGGGGAUACUGAUGGUGAUGACGACAAAAAAGAAGAAAGAGUUGAAGAUGACACUCCAGUUUUGAACCCAGUUGAGGCUGUUGUUCCACUUUCUGAUGAGCCUCAGAAUUUGGGAAACACCUCAAAGAAGGACAGUCAUGCAGAUGGGGAUUCUGAUAGUUAUCAACACCAUGAAGAAACCGCCGCAGAAGAACGGAGAAACCUCACUGAUGUUACGUUUCAAACAGCUGACAAAGAACAUCACUUAUACAAAGUUACAGAAACAGAAACUGUCUCAGAGAGCAGCUCUUCAGAGGAGAGUGAGUAUUGCUCUGACUCCAGAUUGUUCUCAUCUCAAAGCACUGAGGAUUCCCCCUCUGACCGGAGCACCACAAGUGGAAGAAUCAAGGAGGAUGAGAGUGAAGAGUGCAUUGUGAUAUCAUCAGACGAAGACUCAGAUGAGACCGAGCCUCCAGUGACCCCUUCAAACCCUUUAACUCCAGGCUCUCAGAUGGAUCUUGACCUGCAGAACUGGUUAGAUAUGUGCGAGCAAACCGACGAGAACCAUGCAUCCUGUCAGCAAGACUUCUACUCUUUGGAUCCUGUGAUGGUGCUUCAAUCCAAUGAAACACAGAGCUUGUGCCACAUGUCGCCCAUGGGACUUGCAGAAGAAGAGCCUGGACCUGAUGUGGACAUGAGGAGUCCUGACUGGACAGACGAGUUUGAACCAAGGAUAGACCAACUGAGGCCUCCAACUCCCACUGGCUGCUUAGUAGACGGUGACAUUCUGAUCAAAAACAAAACAACUCCGAUUGUGGAAGAAGCUGAGCUGCCUCCAACACCAGGCAGGGGGGUCCUGGCUGAGCUGGAAAUAGCAGAAUCAGAUGAAAUCAAUGAAGUCCUCUUUUUGUCCUCAGCAAACUGCGAGCUUGCAGCAGCGCAGGUUGAUUCCCCGUUGGCUUCAUGCGAUGCGUAUGAAGAAAUGCCUGAAACUCCUGGGGAGGAAGAGGACAGUGAAAGGAUAGCUUACAACUCAGAGAGAGCGCCAGCAACACCUGGCAGAGGAGUGGCAGAAGACACAACUAUGGAGACAUCAGAUGUCCUACCACUCUCAUGUAACCCUUACAUAACACCUCCCAAAACACCUGGAAGAGACAUUGUUUUACCCCUAAGAGCCCAUGAGAGGCAAACACAAGCCAAGGUUGCCUCGUCACCCUCACCGCAUCCUAACCUUUUAAGAAUAUCUCCCACUGCAAUGUCAUCUCCAUGCAGCCUCGCAGAAGCUUCGUCUGACACCGAUGACUGGACUAGAGCCAAACCCCUGCAGGGACUUGAAAACAUGCCCGGUGUUCAGAAUGAGGAGCCAUCUUCAGGAAAACACAAACAGUGGAAGAAGCUGAAAAGGAAAAAGCGGAACCAGCAAAAACAGCUCGGGCGAAGCUUCUUCUCAAACGCUGGGCUUCAACGGUGGCGUUCGCUUUAUGAAGAAUGGAAAAUUUUUCACAGCUUUUGGAAGCACGGUUUGGAUGAAGAAGAUGCAAGGUAUCUCAAGGUUUCUUAUGAAAAGUUGUGGGAGGAAGGGAAAUGUGCAGAGUGGCUCAGGAACACCACGUGGAUUUCUCAUCCUCUGACUAAGGUCCAUUUAGAGAGGAGCAAAGAGCAUCAGUGUUCGUUCCACAGAACCGGUUCUGCUCGCAGUGAAGGGUUCUACAAAAUCAGCAGGAAGGAGAAGAUGAAGAACCUGUCCAACUCCAGGCUGAGCACAAACCCUCCCUUUACAGACGCUCAGCAGGGAGCGCGUGUUCCAGCCCAGCUUCCCUCCUCACUGAGAUCUGGCUCAGACUUUAGGUCUGAACAGCGCCGCCUGCUGUCCUCCUUCAGCUGCGAUAGUGACCUGGUCCGGUUCAACCAGCUAAAAUACCGAAAAAAGAGAAUUCGGUUUAGCAGGAGCCACAUCCACGAGUGGGGCCUGUUUGCUAUGGAGCCCAUAGCAGCCGACGAAAUGGUGAUCGAGUAUGUAGGGGAAACCAUCCGACAGGUCAUCGCUGACAGGAGGGAGCAGAGAUAUGAGGAGGAGGGCAUCGGAGGCAGCUAUUUGUUUCGGAUUGACCAGGAUACCAUUAUAGAUGCCACUAAAUGUGGGAACUUAGCGAGGUUUAUCAACCACAGCUGUAAUCCUAACUGCUACGCAAAGGUCAUAUCUGUGGAAUCUCAGAAGAAGAUUGUGAUUUACUCCCGUCAGCCAAUAAGCAUCAAUGAGGAGAUUACGUACAACUACAAGUUCCCCAUUGAGGACACAAAAAUACCAUGUUUGUGUGGAGCAGAAAACUGCAGAGGAUCUUUGAACUAAUCUGUGAUUAAAUGACUUUUGAAGCACAACAGAGGCAAAAAGUGACUUACAGUAAUAAACUCUUGAUUCAGGAAAAUAAGCUUCCACUCUGCCUAUCAAUUAUAA